GUAUAAGGAUGUAGUCUGCUGUGCAAACCCUUCACUCGAGUUUAGGAUCUGAAUGUGCAGCCUACUGCCUACUCAUGCCUUGUGUACUGAAGGCCCUCUCGCCCUGUAUUGGAACAGCAAGUCUUGUUAGUUGUAUGUUGUGCUAGUCUUUGCGUGGAGACACACUUGUUGAUCAAAAUUCCAAUCAGGGUCUCUGCCUGCAGACUAAUAAGGAUGUGUAAAUGACACUUUGUCUUUGAAAUGUAUAAUUGUUCAAGAUAUAUACUCCAAUAUGCAUCCUAAACUGAAGAACUUCAUGCGAACAGAAGCGAUGGAAUGUGAGAUUGCAACGAGCCAAACAGCCACACCUGAUGCUGCUGGUGCCAUAGAGAAUGCAUCAGGACCACAGGAGAUGGCAGCAACAGUUGCUGCAACACCCAGUGAUCCUGGAGCAAUCAAGGCAAGGCUUGCUGAAGAGACACCAUGUCCACUCCAAGGUACUGAAGCCGAGGAGACGCAGGAAGCAGUUCCGAAGCUGAGACGGAGCAGGAACUCCAAGAAGGGCUCUGAGGAUCAAGGUGAUGAGGAUUAUGAUACAGAUGAUGAGCUCCAGUGGUGCAGCAAGGGCAUCGCUGUGUUCCUGUCACCAGAAGAUGAGAACGAGAAGAAAGGAGAGGCGGACGAAGGUGACAGCAUGGAGGUUGAUCUAUCAAGAAGGUUGGAGACCUUGUCCUCAUCUGAACAAGAAAAGAGUAAGUCUAUGCUGGCUUGCUUUAAACCAAAGCCAAAAUGCUCCUCUCCAAGCCAGCUCUAUCCUUGCGGUGCAGCAACGGAUGAAGGUAGCCGGAUACCGCUUACAUCAGGUGUGCCUUCCAUGAUAUCCCUAUCAGCGGUUAAACCAUCAAUCCCUGUUACACUUACUUCAAAACCAGUCUCUCCCCCAUCUAUCCCUCACACAUACACACCAGCUAAUGAUAUCGAUAUGGAUACAGGUGAAUCUACAGCUAUGGCAGGGGACACAGAAGAGGACCAACUAAAAAAGUGCAGACAGUUUGUUAAGUUGGAGUUGCCAGAAAGCAAGAAGGACUGUCAUGUUGGUUUGGUUGGGAAUGCUUCUAUGUAUGCACAUUACCCUUUUACUCUAAUGGAUAACUUGCCACUCAUCGUUAAGACUGAGCCCAGCACUUCCCCUUCGUUGGCAACACACUUGCAGAACACUGCCCUUACAGGACACUCAUUCAUCUCACGUGCAUCUGGUCAGAGCAAUGGUUUGUAUGAUUUGCAUAGCCCCAUUGCUAAUCUACCACCAAUGCCACUAGGAGAUUUCAUGAGGAUGAGUUUAAAUCAACAUGUUCUAUCACUUCAUGGACAAAGACCACACUCUCUCUUCCAGAAACCAAAGACAAAGGUACAGUCCGUCGGCACCACAGCCAAAAUGUUCACGUGCCCGCAGUGCGGCGCCACCUUCAAACACCGUCAUCAUGUGGUUCGUCAUAUGAGAGCUCACACAGGGGAGAAGCCAUUCCGAUGCGAGGAGUGCGGCGCCAUGUUUGCCCGUAAAUGUAUCCUGACCAAUCACAUCCGAACGCAUACGGGCGAGAAGCCGUACGUCUGCGGGGAAUGCGGCGAUGCGUUCAGUCGGAAGCAUCAUCUUGUGAUCCACAGACGGACGCACACCGGGGAAAAGCCGUACGUGUGCCCUUUCUGCCCGACGGCCUUCGCCCGCUCGCACCAUCUCAACCGACAUCUGAAGACUCACUAUAUGCCAGAGGGCCAUCUGAACAGGAGUCCACUACAUCCUGACCAAGCCAUCAACCUGCCAGAACAUGUCGGAGCUGUCGCUGUCGACUUGAGCAUCCCAAGAAGUUAAAAGCCGACCCUCAACUCAGGUUCUUGAAACAGUCACUGACUGACAGCAUCCUUAUUGUGACAAGAAGAUAUGAUCAAAUCAUAGAAAUUAAAAUUACUCUCACUUCAUAUACUGAUGGGAAUAAUUUUUGUUUCUAAAUUGUGCUUUCCCACUGCUUACUGAUCCUUUUUUUCAAAAUGCACUAGGUUCAAUGUUUGCAUGAGUCUUUUGUAUGGAUUAGAAGUCAAUGUUAAAACCUACGCAAAGGUGCUCUUUUCCAUUCUUAUAUUGGGAUCCUUAGGGUUGUUUACCACAUAAAUGUGUUAUGGGACAUGGUAAAGCGGCAGUGGGAAAGUACCUGUCUAUUCUUGCAUUCCAUAUAAUCGGAUGUAAUAUAUCGAGUUUCCACUGCCAAGGAAUUUCACAUUCACUGCCUUCUAAAUAUAGGUGUAACCAUAUGCUAGUAAAUUUUCAACUUCUUUUCUUAAUUCUCCAUUUUGCUUGAAAUAAAUUGCACCACAAGAGCGUUUUUUCAUGCUAGUAAAAUUUUUCAAAAGCUUAACAUUUUAUUCACUAUUGAAUUUACUCUUGGAUGUACAUGUAAAAUGGAAUGCAAGUUUAGACAAUUAUUGCCAGUGUUCGUAUCUAUAUGUAAAAAUAUUUGAAGUAAUUUAUUUUUAUUUAUUUGAAUGGAACAGAGUUUAUUUAUACAGUUUAUGACUUAUCAUAUUGAUUUUAUUAAGGUCAAUGGAAAAAUAACUGGUCUUAAUGUAUUGUUAAAUGAUGCAUUCAGCCAAUAAGACGGAACAUUAGAAAUUCAUGUUUCAAUGACUAUGUGCAAUGAAUAUAAAUUAUUUGUUUAAAUGAGUUAUUUCAGAAUAUGGGGGUUCAGACAUCAAGACUAUUGUAUGCUCAUCUCACCUCUCUUUGUAGGGAAAUGAGUAGGAUGGGGAGUGUACUUUAGUCUUUGAUUCUAGACACCUUUCUUUCUUUAAAUGUGCAGGAAAGUUAAAAGUUUACAAGAUACUGUACUUUCUAAAAAAAUGUAAAAAAUUGAAUGAAAUAUGGCAUUUGAAAUGUCAUUUAAAUAGUAAAGAUAUGAGGUGAUAAUAUUGCUUUUUACAUUAUUCAUGAAACAAAUUUCAUUUGAAACUAGAAGUGAUUGAUACGGUGAAAUGUUAUGAAGUGGGCAUUAUUACAUUGCAUUUUGCAAAUAUGGGUCGAGAAUCAGUUCUAAAUAGAGUAUGGUAUACGGGAUCUAAAUCAGUCCUCUUUCGUAUUCAAAAUCCUUGUAUAAUCUCAAGAUUUACAACUGGAUAUUUGAGUGAAGAGAGAAUAAUCAUUGAUGUUACUGCGAAAUUUUAUUAAGAUAGGUAUGUGGAUAAAAGUUUAUUUUAGACCAGGGUGGCGCCAGGUUUUUGUUUCAAUAAAGGUGUCAAGACCUGAAAAAAAAAAAUUUCAAUUGAACAAUAGGGGUAGAAGAGUUGCAUUGCCCAACCCUCUCUUUUUUACUCUUCGUUUCCUUUUUUUCCUCUUCUUUUUUUUCCUUCUUUAUAUCCACUACUUCACAAAUUAUAGGGGGCAAAUUAUAGCGGUCUUCUGUGGCGCAGCUCCUGAUUGUAGAGACAUGAUUAAGAUUGUGAAAACUUUUUUUCUUAAGAAUGAAACUAUACGUGUAAAUCCUUUCCUUUG